CCUGGGGGGAGCACUGUGGUGGAUUGGGAAAGGUUAUUUGAAUAUAUGAAUAUCUGAACACAUUAUAGCAUUUGUUUACUCAUUUGAAUAGUCAAAUAAGGCAUCAACAAUAUGUUAAACCUUCCAAGGUUUUUUGUUUUUAGGUGUAAAGCACCUCAUGUACUUGGCUAAAGUGAAGAUUUAUGGAAAUAACAACAGCGAAAAGUAGCAAUGCUUUGCAUUAAUGACACUGUGUGCCCUUAUAUUCACAGCAAUAUGACAUUUGUUCUCUUUGGAAUUUGUUCAGAUGGAACAAAUUGGUAAUUGGGCAUUGUUAAAAUGGAAUGGAAUAUACUUUGGGGAGUGGGGUUCAAGUAUAGUCUAUAUGUUAGAAAUGCUGGUAUACUACAGAUUUGGCAGAUGGAGAUUAGGUUAAAAUGCUGGAAUAUUCCUUUAGGUGAAUAGGAAGUUAUAAAGCAUCAUAGCAGCACAAUGACAGCUUCAUAGGAUGAUGGUUUCUUCUGAUGUAAAGCCCACCACUCCACUCCUCAGCUCCCUGGACAAUUACCUUCUCCAUUCUCUGCUUAUCUCCAAAUGCCUCAUAGCUCCUCCUUUUGUCAGCAGUCUGGGGGGAGUAUAGUAGGCCUCCAAGAAUAAUUACUCAUUUUGGCCUCAUCACUGUUUUCUUUGGCGCAUAAUGACAUACAGUGAGGAGGAUUUAAUAUUUAAAAUGACCGAAAUAACUUUGAUACAUAAUUACAUUACACAGACAUUUAGUGUGUCUUUUUACAAGAUUGAUACAAUCAUAAAAAUAAAAGCAUUAUUUGGAGCGAUGCCGAAGAAAAGGGGUGCCCAGAAUUUUGUCUUGGGAGAUUAAAGUGCAGUGAUUGUGGUGGACUAUGGGCCAGAACAAUUUACAAAUAAAGUAGGAGGGUUAUGUAUUUUAUAACAGUACACAUUUUAUUACAAUAUUCAAAAAUACAGUUUUAAAAGGAAAGUAAGAAUAGAUGGAAUGGAAAGUUGGAUAUAGUAUAAUAUGUUUGUUCUUUCAUUGGGUGAGGGAGUGGGGUUAGGGCAACUUUCUGGUGGGCUAUAUGUAAAUAUCCUCAUGGGCCAGCUUUGGCUCACAAGCCACACUUUGGGCCAUGCUGUAUAAGAAGGAUUUUGGGUUCCCUGAAGAACCUUUUAAUUGCUGGUUCUUUAAAGAGCCAUUUUUUACAUAAGAUGUGUGAGAGUAAAGAACCAUUUUAAAGUUUCUGGAACCUACGUCUAAUUAUUCUAUACUAUGAUUCCUUAUUUGUACUAUGGGAUAAGUAUCACUGGACCGAAGUAUUCCAGUAUAGCACGAGUGUCACUCCAGUCUAUUUCUAUUCACUUCCAUUUAUAGUCUGCCAGUGCUGUGGUUCUGAUAAAGCUUAUCUCACACCCUGGAAUGGAAGUAUAAAAGUGCACGGCUGGCUCAGACAACUUGCUCUUCACUCCCAUCUUCCAUUUGGUGGCUGCUUAGUGUGAACGCCAUGGCCCCGAAAAAAGUCGAACCCAAGAAACCGGAGCCCAAGAAACCAGAGCCUAAGAAAGAGGAGGCUCCAGCACCAGCUCCUGCUCCUGUCCCGGAGGAGCCCAAACAGCCUCAGCUGGACCUGAAGAGCAUUGUGUUGGAGUUCAGUCCGGACCAGAUUGAGGAGUUCAGGGAUGCCUUCACCUUAUUCGAUGAGACACCAACGGGCGAGAUGAAGAUCAGGUAUGCUCAGUGUGGAGAUGUGAUGAGGGCUUUGGGCUACAACCCCACCAACGCUGAUGUCCAUGUGGUGCUGGGGAAGCCCAAGGCAGAGGAAAUGAACAGCAAGAUGCUGGACUUCGAGACCUUCCUGCCCAUGCUGCAGCACAUCUCCAGGGCUAAGGAUCAGGGCACCUUCGAGGACUUUGUGGAAGGCCUGAGGGUCUUUGACAAGGAAGGCAAUGGCACGGUGAUGGGAGCUGAACUCCGCCAUGUUCUGGCCACUCUGGGGGAGAGAAUGACCGAAGACGAGGUUGACCGCCUCAUGAUGGGACAAGAGGACGUCAAUGGCUGCAUCAACUAUGUUUCAUUCAUCAAGCACAUCCUAUCUGGGUGAACUGGAGAAUGUCCUAGAGUUACUCAAGGACUGUUAAAACAACAACCAAAGGACUUUUAAAAGGAAAAUUUAAUAUUGGUAAACAUCAAAUAAAGAUUAUAUUAUGUCUCUACUUUA